AUGCCGUCGCCGGACACGGCGGCGAGGCACACGGGCGCCGGCGUGGCGCGUCGGCAGGCGCACCACGAGCGGAUGCGUGACGAGCGCGCUCGGGAGGCGGCCGCGGGCAACGCGGAGCUUCCGCCGGAGGACGACGCGGUCGAGAUGGCGAGCGCCGCCCAGCUGCUGGACAGCGUGCGCAGGGCGACCCUCCAUCAAGUGGCCGACCACGCCGUCGAGCCGCUCGCGGUGGGCGCGGCCGCAUCGCUAGGCGAGAGCUUCCGGGAGACGUACUGGGCGUGGUACAAUCUCUCGGCACGGGCCGCGAUCGGCAACGCGGCGUACGCGGCCGGGGCGGCGGCGACAGCCGAGGCCAGCGCGAGCGAGGCGGCAGACGCGCCCCUGCUGGGCGCGGCCGUCGACGAGCUCGCGCUCGACGACGAGACGGUCGCCGAGGCGAUCGCGGCGGUAGACGGAGGCGACGGAGUGCCGGGCUGCGGCGAUGAUGCCGAUGAAGACGCGGGCGAUGACCGCGGUGCGUCGCAAGAGGUUUGA